AUGCUCAGGCUUCUGGUACUCGCUGCCCUUGUCCUCUGCGGAUACUGUGACGAUAGUGACAUCCGCUAUUUUGAGGACAAUGACAAUAGUCGUGUGGUAGGAGGCUCCAAUGUAGCUAGGAAUGCCUGGCCAUGGCAGGUGUCUCUGCAGUACCUGUCUGGCAGCAGCUGGUACCACACCUGUGGAGGUUCCCUGAUCAGUGCUAACCGUGUCCUGACUGCUGCUCACUGUGUGGACAGAGUUGUUUCCUACCGUGUUGGCCUGGGAGAAUACAGCCUUAGCGCUAACGAUGGCACUGAACAGAACAUCGCCGUGUCUUCAAUUAGGAAGCAUGCUAGCUGGAACACCAACAAUGUCGCUGCCGGUUUUGAUAUUGCUAUCCUGUGGCUGGCCUCCAGCGCUACCUUGAACACAUCUGUGAGAGCGGCUUCUCUGCCAAGCAGUGGCUACAUCCUGGCACACAACUACAACUGCGUUGUCACUGGCUGGGGAAGAACCAGUACUGGCGGUGCUCUGGCCACCAUUCUCCAGCAGGUCACUCUGCCUGUGGUUGCCCAAGCUACCUGCUCCCUGAGCGCCUGGUGGGGGAGCACAGUUAAGACCUCCAUGAUCUGCGCCGGUGGUGAUGGAGUCAGGUCAUCCUGCAACGGUGAUUCUGGUGGACCCCUGAACUGUUCUGUCGGUGGUUCAUACCAAGUCCAUGGUAUUGUCAGCUUUGGGUCCUCUCUUGGAUGCAACUACUUCCAGAAACCAUCUGUGUUCACCAGAGUAUCUGCCUACAAUUCCUGGAUCAACAGCAACGUCUAAACUGAGAACACUUUCUG